CGCAGAGCGCUCUUUUUUCAGUUUUCUGGGCCUUUUCCUCCCGCAGUAUUCCUUUUUCUCUCCCCUCUUUUUUCGGUUCUCUGUUUCCUCGAAUUUGCUUGCUUUUCAAUUUCUCCUCGACUCCUGUCGUCUCCGCUGUGGGUCGAGAGAACUGAGGCUUUUUCCUCGGCCUUCCUCGUCUCCCUGUGCGUUUUCGUGCUGCGCAUGACUCUUGCAUUCGUUCUCUACUCGCCAAGCGUCUCUGCACUGCCUUCUUCUCUGUGGCUGUUUUUCUCCUUUUUCCAUGGCCGCCGCGCGCUUUUGUCUCCUUUUCUGCCUUCGAACAUCAAAGGAAGAAGGAACAUCCGCGUUUCCCGCGCUACGACCGUCUACAUGCGUCCUGGCUUCGCUGGAAGAGACGAUUCACCUUCCAACGACGACAACCUUCCAUCUUCUGUUCCAGUGGCUUUGCCCGCCUGCAGCAACUCCUCUUUCCCCUUUUUAAAGAAUUUCUACCUCUGUUUCUCGCGCCUGGAGUGUUUUUUGUAGCCUCUCCUCCGUCUGCGUCUCGCCUCGGCCGCUCUGCUCUCUUUUUGCCUCGGCUCCCCUCUGCCUACCACGCAUGUUCUCUCCUUCUCCCGUUUCCUUCCUUCUUCGCUUCUUUUCCGUCUCGUCAACUCUCCAGACAAGGAGCUUCAGGAGAAGGCCUCACCCUUCUUCGGCGCCCAGAGAAAAGAAUCGAAAGCAAUCCUCCUGGAAGAAACACACCUGCACCUCUGCGUGCAGCGAGACAGCAACGCCCACAGGGAGGUGGUGAGGAAGGCGCCCGCGGUGACUUUCGUUUAAGAUGGCAGGCAGACGACAGACGGUCCGUCUGCUCUCCUAGUCCUUCCAGGUUCAUUGGUUGAAAUGCGUCGAGCAAGGCACUCUGGGGAGACAGGGAAGCCCCGAGACCUCUUCUACAAUCGGAAAGAAGAAGCAAAAUGACAGAGAGAGAGAGAAGCAGCGACUCGCACUCCGCGCCCCGCAAAGGGCGCUCGCCUGCAGGGGUACGCGAAGCUGCAAGCCGUCUGACGGCUGAGAGGGAGAGACGCGAGGCGCGAGACCGAGGUGAGAGAAGACUCUCCAGAGAGAGAGAAGGGAGCAGGAAGUCGAGAGAGAGGGGAGACGGAAGGAGGUUGAGAGACCGAGGCGAGAGGAGACUUUCCAGAGAGAGGGAAGGGAGAAGGAGGUCGAGAGACCGAGGUGAGAGAAGACUCUCCAGAGAGAGAGAAGGGAGAAGGAAGUCGAGGGAGAGGGGAGACGGAAGGAGGUCGAGAGAUCGAGGUGAGAGAAGACUGUCUAGAGAGAGAGAAGGGAGAAGGAAGUCGAGAGAGAGGGGAGACGGAAGGAGGUCGAGAGACCGAGGUGAGAGAAGACUGUCCAGAGAGAGAGAAGAAAGAAGGAGAGGUUCAGGCCAGAGAGAGAGGAGACGCAGCGAUGGCAGCGAGGAGGCAGGGCGAGAUGGAGAAGGACGGAGAAGAGAGCGGGAGGGUGUUUCUCAGAACCGGGAGUCGAAGAUCGAGAGUCUGACCUCGCACAAUGGGAGAUACCAGAACGGCGAAAGCGAGAGAGAAGACGCGAGUUGCGGAGAGCGGCGCCAUCCGACACAGCAACCUGCCUCGGGCAGGAAGAACGAAGGCCUGUCGUCGGGAGAGGCGCUGGCAGCUGUCGAGCGACUCCACGCGGAGAAGAAGCGCGAGCACGAGAGACGCAGAGAGAAGCAUCGUGAAGAGGAACAGCGUCGCGCAGAGACCGAGAAGGAGGCCUUCGCCGCGGACGUCAGUCGCAGACGUGAGGAAAACGAGCACCAAGUGUCUCUGCAGAGGGCAGGUCAGAUCCUCGCGCUUGCUGCGCAUGCAGCGACGUUGCCUGUCAACGGCGCCGCGCCUCUCGACUUCCAACAUUUGACGCCUUUCGUGCCGCCGCCUCUCUCUGCAGCGGCCUCGGGAGCGCCUUUCCCCCAUGCGUCUCGAGACUCUGCAUUCUCAAGAGAGAACGGAGACAGGUGGAGAGAAGAAGACGACGAAGGGUUGAGUCGGCGGAAUGGAGGCUGUCAGGUCAAGAGAGAAGAGAGGCGAGGCGCGAGAGAGGAGAACGUUUUGGACAGGAACUCUGCAGUUGCCAGGGAGACAGGUGAUGGACGUUGGUCUGGAAGACAAGCGAGAGAAGGAGAGAGUGCGAGUCCGCCUGCAUCGGGACGAGACGGCGCAGGGGCGAGAGGCCGGCGGCUCGGCAGCGGAAGAGAGGCGUCUGCAGAGGCAAGCAACGACGCAGAGAGAACUGGGCUCGACCGAGAGCGAGAUGGAGAGAGAGACGCGCGACUCGAGUUUUCGAGAGGCAGCUUGGAGAGAGAUGGCGGACGACAGCGCUUUGCUUGCCGGGAGCGGGGGCCAGAGCCGGGAGAGAAAGACCGCUUCAGCGACAGGCGAGAAGAGCGAGAGACCUUUCGAGGUUACGGCAGAGAGCGAGAAGGUCGACUCGCAGGCGCCUUUCCAGGAAUACUUCCCUUCGGACCGAACUUCGACAAAGAAGAAUGGACGCGACUUCUCGACUGGCAGUCGUGGAGACGCGACGCACGAAAAAAACGCGACUUCGACCCCGACAGUCUCUGGACCGACCAGCGCGAACUCUCCCCCACUCGAUGGAAAACGCAUCCCUCCUCGUCUUCUGCGUCGUCGGCUUCUGCUGCCUCCGCGUCUGCUUCUUCGACGCGAGAGAACGCGGGAGGGGAGCAGGGCAAAGACUCGGAGGAAGAGCGGACGCGCGAGCGAGACGCGAAGAGGCAUGCGGGCAUGACGGAGGAGGAGAAGAAGACGGAGGCGGCUUGGAGAAAGAAGAUUCAGGCGCUAGAGAAGGCAGGGCGGCGGGAACCGAGCAGCGACGCAGACGCGACAGCGAGAAAGAAGACGCGGAAGACGAAGCAGGAACGCGAGAGCUCGAGCGAGUCCGAGGAAGAUGUAAAGGUGCCUGCAACGCGCGUCCCCGGCAUGGACGGCUCUGCGCUCGAAAAAUGCAUCGCCGAAAAUGACAAAGCGAGGGAAGAAAAAAUGCAAAAAUGGCAGGCCAAGGAGGAAAAGAGGCGACGCAAACUUAUGAAGGAGACGAAAGAACUCGAGGAACUCGAGCUCGAAGAGGCGUGGAAGAAGGCAGGACCGAAAGACUUUGUGAAGAGCGCGUCGUUCAAAGGGCCGCGCCCAGGCUUCGUCUUCCACACUGGGGAGGCGGGGACUGGAUACUACAAAGACCGACUUUCGAUUAAGAAACUCGUCGCAGACGGCGUGAUCGCAGUGAGUGGCGCGCAACUCGUCCUCGCGAUGAAGAAGGAGACGCGCAACAGCUCUGCAGACGAGAAAAAGAAGAGCAAGAAGAAGAGCAAGAAGACGAGCAAGAAGACGAGCAAGAAGACGAGCAAGAAGAAAGGGAAGAAGAAGAGGAGGAAGCAGGACUCCAGUGACUCAGACUCCGACAGCGAUUCGAGCGACUCCAGUGACAGUGGGAGCAGUCGGGCAAAGAAGCGAGGGAAGAGCAGAAAGAGGAGGCGCGUCUCUUCGAGUGAGAGCAGCAGCGAAGACAGCGAGGAAAGCGCAGUGGAGAGAGAAGACAGCCCCGACAGAAAUGCGCCGAAGGCGCUGCGUCCGAACGUGGCGGUCUUGGAAGCUGCGCUCGCAGAAAAAAAGGCUGCAGAUGCGCUCGCGAACGCAGCACUUGGCGAGUUUUCCGAUGAAGACGAGGAUGACGCGUUCGGGCCAAAUCCACUAGGUGUCAACAGCAAACUCGCUGCCCGGAACGUCGAUUAUGGUGGGGCUCUGCGUCCGGGAGAAGGUGCCGCCAUUGCUCAGUACGUGCAGGAAGGGAAGCGUAUUCCCCGUCGUGGUGAAGUCGGUCUGACGGCGGAUGAGAUCCAGGCGUUUGAAGACCUCGGUUAUGUCAUGAGUGGCUCGAGACACCGUCGCAUGAACGCCAUUCGUAUUCGAAAAGAAAACCAAGUAUACAGCGCAGAGGAGCAGAGAGCGCUGGCGAUGUUCAACUACGAAGAAAAGGCGAACCGCGAGGCGCAGCUCAUCAACGACCUCCGCGACAUGCUCAAGAGGCAGAACGAGACUCUGGCUGUCGAGGAGAUGGAGGAGAAAUUGGGGAAGAAAGAAUAAAAAGGGAGCACUUCGCUGUAUUCUCUUGUUAUCCGAUUCACCCUGUCUCUGUUGCGGAAAGGGGGGUUUCGUUUCCUCUCUUUAGUCCGUGUCUUCUUUUUUUUUCUUCUCUCUGCAGUCACAUGGUUGCUUCUUUUGUGCAAGUCAAGUUUCUCGAAAGGACUUUCUGUCCGUCUUGCUUCUUUUCUCCUUCAGUGGUCGUUCUAGGAUUUCUGUGCAUUUCUUUGCCCUUGUCGCUACCCCGUUCUCUGUCUACUUCUUCGCUUUCAGUGGCCGAACGUGGUGAGAUAGGAGAACUCAACGUUCCGUACGCACAGGCAGCAGAGAUGCACGGCUGUCUCGUCACUCUGUCUGCCUUUCUCGGUUCCCCGUAAACCGUUUUCCGAGCUUCCAGAUGUUGCUUUGUGUGUCGUGUCUCUUAAUGCCUCGGGUCUCCCCGUUAAACCGGUUUCGUUCUUCGAAACACCGCGAGCACUUCGUUGUGUUCCUUUUUUCCCUAGAAGGCAGCAACCAAAAAACAAAAGUGAACGUCUCUUUCCUUUCCUCGAACACAGCACACUCUGCAGCGCCUCUUUCCACGC